AUGGCGUCUUCCGCCGACACUGCCGCUCCAGAAGGUCCGCUGUGGGCGCCGUGGCAUGUUCUGCGCCAUUGGUCCCCGUUCAACAUCGACGCUCUUGGUCUCGUUACCUUGCUGGGAGCUGAAGAGAUCAAUGCGGCUGUUGGACGACUAGUUGCCAGCGCCUACCUAGAGUAUCUGCCCUUGCUCGGCGCAUAUGUCAUCGCUGGCGAUCGAUUUACUGAGAAAUCGGCGGGAUGGAACCUCUACAACAUCUCUCAAGGCAUUCACACAACCGACCUUGCUGCCUGGCUGACCCGGUGGAUGCUCUCGCAGAAUUUCGAGGCCACCCGUAACUAUGUAGUGUGGACGGUCACGCCGCCGAGAUCGCGAAAGAACGACAUAAUCGUUUCGGUUCUGAUUGGCUUUGUUUUGAACGGCUUCCUCGUUGCGUUGACCAUUCUGUCGGCGGACUGGUAUGGCUUCGCCAACGCCCUGGCCAUGAUCGUCUCCAUCAUUGUUCGUGUCUAUGUCAUUGGCCAGCAGCGCCUCGCCAUGGAUGCCAUGAUCGACAAGGCCGUCGCAAAUUUCGGGCCCCCAACGGGUGAUUCCUACGAGGCCCGUCGUUACGAAUACAAAGCCUGGAAGCACGAACACAUAGGCCGAAAGAACGGCGGUCUGAGACUUCGAAAACCAGAUCCCCCGACGCCAAAUGGCGGAAAUCGGUCCAGUCAUAGUGACUCGUCCAGUCCUACGAAUGGGCACAAGCAAGCAGUCCACCAGGUCCAGGCUGUGGCGGCGCACCAGAAACCGAACCCGAAGGGCCAAUUCGGAAUGGUCUGGGAGGGCAAGCCGAUCAAAGUCCUUAUCAUACAAUCUGACUCGAAAGCCGUUACCUUUGAGAUGCCGAAUGAGCUGGUCAUACCGCCAUCACUGUUCAUCGAGGGACCGAUCAUCCUGAACCCCAGGACCUAUUUCGUGAUGAGAUCGAUCGGAUGGCUUGCCUUUGCUGUGCACAUUGUCGCUAUUGGCAUGGCGGACUUGGCCACCCAAAUAUACACGGUGUUGCUGAUCGUUCUGCCGACGUUGUUGCUUAUCAAGAAGACUGGAUGCGACGACUCGGAAUGGAUAAACACCUUUACCGGCUGGAAGAGUGCCAUACUACAUAGGCAUGGUAAAGCCAGCAAGCACAACGGAAACCAAAGCGCCGCAGAAAAGGCGGAUGCGAAGAAGUUCCGCAACAUUCGCGAAUGCUGGAUCGGCUCCCGCCUGAAAGCGGAGGUGUACGAGUGGCCAGAGGCGUAUGAAUUCCACGAGGAGGUCAACGGAAACGCCAAGAAAUGGGUCAGUGGUGGCUCGCCACCAGGAGAGGACCGGUCCAAGAAGCGACAAGAUCUCUACGCCUGGCUGGCGCUUACGCGGGACGAGGAAGAGAGCAUGGACAAGUGGGACCUCUUCCCCCAUAUUCGCAGUGGCAACAAUUCAUGGUGGGAAACGUACAAGAAGAAGAAACACGCACUCAAAGAGGGUCGCGACGCCAUGGGUCCGCAGUAUGUCGAAUCCCGGACAGUAGGCCCUCGAAGUUCCCAGGACGACUACACGAAGCCCUUCAACAAACCGAAUAGGCUCGCAACGGAGGUGAUUCUAGGCGUUUCGGACGGAGCGACGAGCGCGCCUCAGCCUCAGCUUCCAGCUCAAGCUCCCAACCCGUCUUCCCCUCUGCAUCAUCCUCCGCCCCAGCCUCGCCAUACCGGCUCAGUCACAACAACCAGUUCUGCGUUUCCCGCCAGCAGCGACGCGGCUGUUGCACAACUUGCCACUCACAACAAUGCCACAGUGUCUUCCCCCGAGGCCUCACUUCCUCGGGUCAACACACAGCCCAGCACGACGGGCUCUGUGCAGAUUGAUCCUUCGACCACCAUGACGCAGUCGCCCACCACCAUGGAGGCGACGGAUGAACAACCCUGA